AUGCAAUGCAACUCAAUGCGUGUGUGAUGAGAGAAUCCAUGACCGAACCGAAGAGACGGAACGAAUGAACGAACGAACAAAUGGAAUGGCAUGAAGAAUGAGGGAGAAAGAGGAUCAUUGGUGCUGAAAACAAGUUCAUUCAUGCAUCCAACAUAGCCAAACAUAUAUGCAGUGCGCAACGAUGACGGCGAGACUCAUGCAACACGGACGAACUCAAAAUCGUUAGCCAUGCGAAAUGAUUUGUGACCACGAACGAGAGAUUUAUUUCGCCUCUUGCAUUACGCCAAUAGAAUAAAGAACAACUAACAGCAAAUGCCCGUGUUUAUCGCAUGUUGAUGAAUAAAAAAAUGAAAAAAAAAAGCAGCAGCAGCAGCAGCAGAAAGAAAGCGAUGUGAGUGCAUUGGUUGAGAGCGUAAUUAUGAGGAAAGCCAACAAUUAACAUCAUCAUCGAGGCAACGAAGCGAAUUGAUACUUUAUUAUAUCAUAUUGCGGCAUUUUUUGUUCAUUGAUUUGACACGCAUUUGCGAUGUGUGUAUUCAUUUGGAAUUACAUGCAAAGUACCGCACGUAUUUCAAUUAGAUUGUAACAAAUAUACGGAGGUACGGUGUUUUGACAAGAACGAGAAUAUGCCGAAAGCAAAUCAACUAAUUAUUAUUUAAUCCGAUAGCAGAGAUUUUGCUUGGCCGAGGGCGGUGUGUGUGUGUGUAUAGUAUGUGCGAUGAGCGAGUUUUCAUUAAAAUUUAUAGAUUUUGCACACAUUGUGAACAAAACUGAUGGUGGUGACUUGCGAACAUUUGCCAAAUGUCUAUGAUUCUAAAUUUAAUCACAAAUCGGGUUCGGUUGUGUGUACACUGUACACCGUACAUAUUGUUGUUGUAUCCUAUCACGCAGACAAGAGCAAAGCCGAUCAAAUAAUUGUGUCCUAUAUUCUUGUUUGUACGACCGUCCUCUCGGUUAUCCGUACACAACAGAAACACUUGUUCCGUUAGCUCUCGAGCUGUGUGGUUUUGCAGGCCGAGAGAGAGAGAGAGAAAGAGAGAGAGAGGUAAGUGUGUAUGCACACCAUGAACUGAGGUUUCGCAUAACAAGAUUGUGUUUGCAUAUGAUGAAAAAAGCGCGCCAGCGAUAGCACACAAGAGACAGAUUGUGGUGCACACACAAAGAGAGAGUGAGGGAGAAAAUGAAUCAAACGAACGAAAACCAUAGCAAAGAGAAUUGUAAACGACUGUAAUUUGGUUUAAAGUAUAUCAGCAAAGCAUCAAUAUGGUUUUUUUCUUUCGUUUUUUUUGCUGAAGCAGCAAAAGACUUCGUCUGUUCUUGAUCUAACGCACACCAACAAAUGGUUUCUCCGAAUUUCGGUUUACAGCGUCGUUACAGCAAACUAUGUUGCUCGGCCACCGAUCUGAAAUUCGGUUCACAAUCGGUGGAAUAUAAAACAAAAACAUUUUUAUUAUCAAAAUAAAGCGAAACAAGUAGGUGAAUCUCGCUUUUAUUCCCUACAUUCAAGUGCGAUACACUUCAGCUGGUUUAGACACACAGCCACACAUCAGUCACACGCACACAAGUGAAGGAUGAAACGAAAAGAAAAACAUUACUUUAUAGAUAAUGCGCAUGAAUUUUAUUCAUGAACAACGUCCAUUUAGUACACACACAGCAGGAACUGCGCUUAAUACACAGUAUACUUUUCCUUCACAUCGGGUCGUUCAUAUCCUCUUGACGAUUUUUAUCGAUAUACGUGGAAACAUUUACACAAAACUAUCCGCCGAAUAAUUUAGGGGCUAAAUUCAACAACACGUAAUGAGAAUGUGGUGCUGAGAGAGCACACACCAUAAUUCCGUUGUGGAUUUUUUUUGUUUUGUUCGAUUGUUGUUGUUGUUCUCCGUCAGAACUGUGUGUUGUGCUCCUUAUGUUUCAUCCACAUUUUGCGUGUCGUUCUAUGGCGACACACUGCUUGCCUGUGUAUUGGUGGAACACAACGGCACCGAUGACGACGGAGCGCACGUACCAAAAGGUAUAAUAUACCAACAACAAUAUGGUCGAUGCUGUAACGCGUUCGUGCAAUUUUUCCAUCGCAUUUCAGUGUGUUCAAAGUCACUCAGUCGAACGGUUGGUUUCAGCGUAUUUUUUUUUUCAUUGCUGAGCAACCACCAAAAAUCCAAUUUUUUUUCUGCGAAGUGAACAGCAUUUUUUCAUCACUUGAUGAAGAGAAAAAUGCUAUAGUUUUAAGCACGAUACGAACGACAAGAGUUAUUCGAACUGUGGAAAUAUUUUUACAAAGUGAUUGAAUCAGAAUUUCACCUGAUUUUAUGUUCUAAACAAUGCGAUUAAUCGGAAUCAAAGUUAAUCGGAAGUAUUGAUUUGUAUGUGUGUGUGUGUGUGUUGAAUCGAAUCGAUUAGAGUGAGAAGUUUUCGCGGGAAAUUUUCGUCGACAGAAAAUAAAACCGAAACGCGAAAUUUCAGACAGACUUUUGGAGAUAGUUUAUCGAUGCCAUUGGCAGAAUCGACAAUUGCUUAAGCUAGAGCACAAUUGAAAAUCAACGUGUCCACAACAGACCAAUUUAGCCACAUUUUGACGUUUGAAGAGAGUUUGCACACAAAAAAUGGCAGAGGAACUGAAGCAAACGAAAAUUCCACGAAUUGGAAGUGGUGCAUCGUCAUCGAUCCUAACACGAAUCCCAAAGCCGAGUUGCUUUGCUCGACCAACCACAACGACGACAACAUCAUCGGCGUCAACAACGUUAGGCAUAUCAAAGUUGAGCCGACCACAAGUGAAUGGCAUUGCAUCAAAGACAAAAACCGAACUGAAUCCAGUCAACGAAGAAUCGAAUGCGUAUCCACGGAAAUCGUUCGUUCGUCGUUUUGGUGUGGCAAAUAAACUGCAAAUCAAAUCAAUGCCACGAUUAAUCAAUAAGAAUCCAUUGAAACCGUCACAGCUCGUGGCAAAUCAAGUGUCUUCGCAGCACGAUCUACGUCGAAUAAAUGAAACGAUGGAACUUACGAAUGGCGCCGCAAUGAAUGUGACCAAACCAGUUAUCGAUGCAAAGAAUGGUGUCACUGAUGAUACUAUGGAUCGUGGUCUAAUUCGAUCAAAUACAUUCGUUUGUGAUGCACCAUCGUCGAAUGACACAAUUACUCAAACGACAAAUACAGUACAGCAGCUGAAUAAAGAGCGUACGUCAAAACGUAGUUUAUCACCCAUUCCCGGCGAACCAAUGAAUGCAGCCAAACGAAAAUUAAUGCAAGUAUCGACAGAUAGUCAAAAUAUUAUGUCAGCCAAUCUAAUGCCACUGAACUCGACGCCACGUCGAAGUAUCUCCUAUGCGGAUGCACGAAAGGCCAAUUUAGCAUUCUUCGGCGAUGCAAAAAGUGUUGAUUUUAACGAACCACAAGCAGACCAACUGCAAACGUUUACAUUUGAUAACGCAACAUUCGAACAAAGCAACCAUUUUACACCGGAUGCCGCUAAAUUAGGUAGUGCAUCGAGUGCAACGAUGCAAGGCAAUCGCGUGUUCGAUCUAACGCAAACUGUUCAACAGAAUGAUACAUUCUAUCCAGAGAAUGGCAAUGCAACACUAACACUGGACGUUAAUGCAGCGGAACAUGAGCUGCUUAAAACUGGAGAUGUAACUAAAGUUUUUAGCGCUAACGAUGCCGAUGCAAAUCUAACAAAAACUCUCAUUGUGGAAAAAACGCAGCCAAUCCAAAUCAUUAGCUCUGGUCCGAUGAGUGAGGAUGAUUUAUUGGUGGCUAAAAAGCGUUUUUCACUCGGGUUGGAGCUGCCUGAAUGCACACUGGACUGCUCAAUCGAAUUGUGUGAUUCAUCGGCAGCGACGUCUGUGCAGGACAGUUCACCAUUAGUCAACUACAAUCCACACUCAUACGACAUGGAUGAGAGUUUGGGCAUUUUGACACCCGAUCAAAUGAUUGAAUUUUUGGACACAAAUGCGACGAAUGCCAAAAUUGAGCUACCAACCAGUUUACCGGUGAAAAUUGGUCCGCAUAAGUGUCGAAUUGAUCAGACACCGUCACCAGAGGAUUUGCCAUUGGAUCCGAUUGAAGUGAAGACACUUGAUUCAUCGAAAAUCGAGGAUGCCGAUGCAACACUUCAAACGUUGUCAAUUUGUGACCAUGACGGUGGUCCAUCGCAAAGUGAUUCAUAUUCAAAAACUGACCAACUAACUAAAUCAACUACCUCAAAAGCGACCACAAACAGUUUCAUUACAAGUGUGACCAGCAUUGCAAGUCUAGACAAUGGAUACCAUGCUGAUGGUGAAAUGUCUCGGCCGGCGAGUCGUGGAGCUGAAUCACCAAUGCGACGUGUACACAAUGCCCGGCAAAACAAAUUGUAUGCUCAUGAUGCAAAUGUUCCGGUCAUUCGACGCCAAGAUCCCAUGACCGACUCCGAUUUCUUCACUGAAAGCGAUGCAGAUGACAUUCUGCAGCGUGGUGGCGAUCGUCGUGUUCAAAUUAUUGACGGUCACAUGUAUAAUGCUCAAGGAGCCGAUGUUUUUAUUGACGAAGCUCCCGCCGAAAAUGACAUGGAAUCAAGCGGCGUUUACACCGAUGUCGAACCAUCAAAUUCGAAUUUACGAAAUGAAAACGAAAACGAAAGUGAUAUGUCACCCGACGGCUCAACUGAUACGAUCAAAAGUUCAGAAUAUGCAAAUGAAAGCAAUAAAACGAUGCCAAAAACUGAUUCCGACAAUACGAAGCAAGCACAAAAACCAUGGACUGCGCUACCAACACAAUCAAAUCAAUCGAUCGCCGCAAUGUCGAACAGCUCGUCGACAACAAUUAACGACAGCGUCGCGACUUGUUUGUGUGAGAAACCGAACAGCGCCGAUGGUGUGUGCGGUGGAGGGGAAACAGCUCAGCUGGUUACUAUCAGUGAUGCGACGUCAAAUAGCAAUGAAAAAACAUCAUGUAAACAUCAUUCGAUCGCACGCUCCGCUGACAAUGACAAUAGCAAAGCACAGGCUGCACCUCAAUUUAAAUCAAGUACACCAAAAGUGAAACGGUUCAGUCCAAAUCGGAAACAAAGUAAAAAUGACACUGGUUCGGGUCAUAGCAAACGAAACGAGUCGGGCGUGAAACGUGAUCAAAAAUCAAACGGUAUAAGAAAUCGUUCAAGUGUUAUUGUGAAUAAUAGUAAGAAAUCGACGACAACGUCAUUGUCGCCAUCCGGUUCGAAAUCGCCAAUCGGAAAUGUUAGCCGAAAUGGUGAAAACUCCACGACCAUAAAUAAUAUGACCAGUGAUCAUCAUCAGCAAUCGCCAACUGGAUUGGUCGCACGCAAAACGGCCACCAACAAAUGGGAUGCGGUCAUGAAUAAAAUUGCAUUGAAUAAGACCGAAGUGAAAACGGUGAACUAUAGUGAUGUGAAAUCAAAAGUAACAUGUGGUUUGAAACGUGUUUCACCAAAUGCAAAAGCGACGUCAAUCAAUGAGCCAUCGGUAGCCAGCAGUGAUUCGGGCAACUCGUCAUUGACUUCGACGAAAUCGUCUGCAUCUCCAGCGGUUACGCGACAAUCAUCACAUGGAAUUACUAGAAGAAGCGUCGAACGAGACAGCAGUAAAGACAGUCAUUUAAGUUCUAGUCGAGAUGCAGCCGUUGCAACACCGGGAAGACAACCGAAGUCGACAACACCAAGCUCACGUUCAUCGGCCAGAAAACGUACAUCGAUACAAAAUGUAUUUAAUCCGAGUGAUAUCAAAGUUGACACAGUCACCAGUGCAAAAAGCGAUCCACCAUCGGCCAAGCCGGUCGCGUUGCAUAAACGGUUUCCAACAAACAAUAUUCUUCAAACAACAACAACGACUGGAUCGUCUUCAUCGUCACCGGUUUCAGAGAAACGAGCUGCUAUCACCGCUAGCAAAAAGUCAUCGUCGGCAACGAAACAUGUGAACCAGACUAGUACGCCGGUGGCAAAUAAAACGUCACACGCUAAAGAACACGGUUUACAGUCGACGCUAGCACAUUCGCCAACCAUAAAUAAUAACAAUAGCAGCAUCAACAAUAACAAUCACAAAACGAAGAGCGGAACAAAUUCGACGAAAUUAGCGACAACCGACGAUCAUCAUCAGCCACUAAUAGCAACGAUUCAUCGUAAUGGUAAAACGUCUGCUGCGGCUGUGGCAGUCUCAAAUCACAAGGCAGUAGCUGUGCCGCAAAUCAAUGGAAAAGCCAAAGCAAGUACAGCUCAAGCCAAUGGUGAAUCAAAUGAGAGUUUAAUUGAGUUCUCGAUCGUCGAUUCAACUGAUGGUGAUACGACGGUUCGUUUUGCAUCGGCCGUUGCUUCGUCACCCAUACCGGAUAAAGCCGCACGGAAUUCGAAUCAGCAACAGAAGCCGACGGCAGCAGUUGAUUUGAAUGUCAUACGUGCAAAUAAAUCCAUUGUUGCGCUCAGCAUUUUAAUACAGCAUUUAACGAUGAACUUGAAGGCAUUUGAAACGCCGUCACUUCGUGCUGCAUUAGAAACUGCCAAAGAUAAAUUAUUGGAAUCACAGCAUAACUUAGAGACCAUGCGCACCAAAUGCAACUAUCUCGAAGAACAAAUGAUUGCAAAGGAAAAUCUCUUCAGUACACAUCAGCUCACACUGAAAGAAGCCAGCGAACGUGAACUGGAAAAAUUUAAAUUGAGUAUACGCGAAACUGAGAAAUCGGCACAGGAGCAAAUCCAAACGUUGCAGUAUGAAUUGGCUGAAAUCAAUCAACGCAAUGCCGAAGCAUUGAAAUCAUGCCAAAUGAAAGCAGACAGACGAUGCAGUGAACUGGAAAAGCAACUGCAACUGUCCCGUGACAGAGAAUUAGAGCUAGUGCAACGGUUGAACAGUUUCACUGUAACGGAGAAUCAAUUACGCGAUAAAGUGCAAGCUAGUGAACAGGAGUUUAGUGAGCGUUUGAUUGCCGCCACCGCACGUGAACGUGAAUUAAAUGAAAAGGUUGCACAGCUAAUGCGUCAAUUCAAAACCGGCGAAGAUAAACGGUAUGAAUUGGAAGAGAAACUGAAAUUGGCCAACGAUGAAACGAAUGUGUUACGACGACGGCGCAACAGUAGCGAACAUUCAAUACCAAAUGGCAAUGUUUCGGUACCAAAUCCAUCGGGUAGUUCGACGAUGCUCGAGGAAGAAGUGUUAAGCCUGCGAUGUGUGUUGGACAUGAAAUUGAAUGAAAUUUCGGAGCUGCGAAAGCAAAAUCAGUCAAUGGUGCAGGCUCAGGAUGAAUUGCCCAAAGCACAGCUCAAAAUUUCCAUUCUAGAAACACGGCUUGAGGACCUCACUAUUCAGCUCAAGACUAGAGUCGAAGAAGAACAAGAGCUGUCAAUGCGAAACCGAAGCCUACAAGAUACGCUUUGUCAAGAGGUGAAGAAUCGCACACGGUUGGCCCUUCACAACGAAGAAUUGCAAUGGAAACUGAAGCAAAACUCGGAAAAAUACACCACAACAUUGAGUGAACUGUCGAAAAGUUACCAAGAUCCAUCACUGCUGGCCGAUUUCAAGAACAGCUUGUACGCACCGAUUUCGGAAACAAGCCACGAAAACUUUAGCGAUACACUGCAAAUGGGUACAUCGCCACCGUCAUCGCCGGUGGUCAAGGGUGUCGUUGAGAAAUGUGAUUCAGUGUCAUAUGUAUUGGAAUUGAAUGACGACUUGGAAUCAGCCGAAGCAGUGGCCAGUCGCGUAGUCAAACGAGCCGGAUCGUUUCGAGUGAAUAAUUUCAAAGAGCGUUCACCAUCGUUCAAGCGACAAUUAUCACUUGGAGGUGCGAAUGUGCUGUGCCAAUCGGCAUCAGCCACCUCAUUGUCACGGCAACAUUCCGAUUCACCAGUCAAGAAUAUUGGUGCAUCCAUUAAACUACAAAGAAGUUCCCGCACACGAUCCAAUUCGCUGAAUGCAAGCAAUGAACCAAAGACAACACCGAACCAUCAUCACCGUUUGCCCGAGAUGACACCCAUCGAUUACACAAAAUGGCAACGUUCACUGAGAACAACAUCGACAAGCAGCCCAUUGUCUUCACGGCCACACAAGAGUGAUGGUCAAGCGAAUGGGUUAACUGAAGUCGAUUCGGUGAACAGAGAGAGCAUUCGAUCAAGUUUCACAUCGGUAGAUGAUGUUGAAUGUGAUUUGGCAAAGGAAUACAUGUCAUCGUCACGAAGUGACAUAUGUACAACAUUGAUUCCGGUACAAAAUGCGGCUGAUAAGCGCCAACACAUGAAAAAGCGUCAACACAUCAAAGAAUCGGCCGGCGAAGCAAUGGUUUCACAGCAAAGUGAAGACGAUCAAUCGUCUGGCUCAGAGAUGGAUUCAAUGUCAGCAUCGUCGAGCAGCGCCGCAUCACCGUCGCAUUCCGAAGUAAGCAAACAUCGGCAUUUGUCACUUGACGAAGCGGUGUUCAUGAAUAAGAUUGUAGCUAGUCUAAGUACGCGUAGCACUCCAAUGGAAGUGAGUUGGUCGGAAGACGGUGACAAUGAACCGUAUGCUCAAGAAUCGAGUGCAUGAUCUGAAGAUAGCUUUUAAGUUUGUUAUACUUACUAAUUAUAUUAUUUAUGUAUCAGUUGAUGGCUCUCAUUUUAAAUACUUGAAGGUUUAUACAUUUAAUUCGAUUCAUGUUAUGACUUUUCGUUAGAAGUAUAUUUGAGACAUUUGUUCUCCAUAUGGAAUUUAUUGGCAUAAAGAGCAUUUUGUGGUUACAAAAUAUCACAGCAAUCAAGUAACAAAAGAUUGUUGGCCAUUUGAUGCUUGCAAUGAGUUUUUGUGUGAGUAUUUUGUGUUGAGAUUAGAUUAACAUUUUGAUUGGGCUGAAAUUUCAUAUUUCCUUUUCUGUUCACUGCAGGCAGCCUAAAUGUUCAGAAACAGGGCCGCGUGGCAUAACGAUUGAUUGAAAUUUGAAUUGUUUGAUUGAUUGUCUUUGUGGAGAGAAUAAUUUGAAAGUUAAACAGAAAAGUUUCUCUUCUUUCGCACUCUCAUAGACAAAUCUAAGUCAGUGUUCAACGAAAUGGUUAUCAAUUCCAACCGAUUAAAUGUCAACAAGUGCGCAUCAUAAAAUUUUAAACAUUCAUUCUGCACGUUUUUUUUUUCCAAAUGCAUCUGACCCAAUGAUCAAAUCAAAAAAAUCAGAAUACAUUUUUAAAGAUAAACAAAUUCGGGUUUCAAAUUUGCUAAAGCCCACAAAUUUCAUUUGUAUCAACUGAAACUGACCAGAGAAAACUGUACAUUUUUAUAAUCCUAAUUCAUAAUUCAAACCAUUGAUUAGUUUAAGUCAGAUUAGAAUCAGACUAUAUAUAAAUAUCAAUUGAGUCGUUUCAUAUGAAAUUGUUUAUUUGAAAAUGAGAUAAAUUCAAUGCGAAAAGUGAUCAACAACUCAACAGUUGCUGACUGUGAAGAGAUCGAUCACUCGACUGCGUGAGAAUCAACAGAAAAAUAAGUCAUUUCAACACGUAUCAAAAUGAAAAUAUUUAACUAGAAAUUUUAAGGAAAUGACUAAAGUGUAUUUAAAGUGGAAAAAAAACAUAAAAUAUUAAUGAGAUAUGAAAAAAAAAUAUGAGCUGUUAUUAGAAUAACAUUAUAUUUGUUCUCUUGCAAGAAAAAUUCAAUCCGAUUGAGAUAAAAUGUGUUUAAAUAAAGCAAAAAUGAUUACAGUACAAUAGAAAAA